AUUUACGUCAACAGUAAAUAAUCAAAAAUAUUUGAAAUUUGUUUCUUAUAAAUAUUGCUAAUUAAAUUAAUACCAACGAAUUUCUAAUAAUAACUCUUAAUUUUAGAUUGGCCACAUCAAUCGGUUAUUCAGGACAUAAUGAUCACCAUCGAUAAACGUGCAAAGGAUCCCAAGCCAAUUAUAACCAUAGAAUUUGGACGUUUCACCUUGUUGAUAGUUGGCUUGCCGUUUUCUAGUUUUAUGUUUUGCGUGUUUUGUUCAGUAUUUUUCUACUUUAAAGAAUCAACUUAUACCCACUGUGAAGUAUCUAACUACCUUCCGUCCAUUUCGGCAGCAAUUGGAAGAUAUCAACCCCAACGGUUUGUCUGGCAAUUGGCAAUCUGCCUGCAUUUCCUGCCACGGCUCUAUAUUGCCAAAAUGUACGUAGAGUAUUAUAAAGAAACCAUUAAGGACGAUUACAUGGCUAUGGCGCACUUUGCGUGCUUCCUCAAUGUUUUCGAAAACUUUGCAUUGGUUGGAUUAUCAUUGUGGACUUCGAACCAAAACUAUAAAUUGCAUAAAAUUUGUUUCCUGGUUUUUAUUGCAACUAGUGAAAUCUAUAUGCUUAUCUCUUAUUUUCUUAACGACGAAGGAAAACGUAUAAAACGACUUAACACUCAAGAGCACUUAUCACGACAGACAAAAGGCAAUUUGUUUAUUGUUAAUCUUAUUGCAUUCGUGCUAGCGGCGUAUUGUUUUAGACGUCAUAACGAUUAUUGCGAACCAGGAGUUUACACACUUUUUGCAUUGUUUGAAUAUACAGUAGUCCUUAUCAACAUGGGCUAUCACAUGACUGCCUAUUGGGACUUUUAUGGACGGACGCUCACCUUUGACUGGAAAAACGGCCUCGCAUGCACGAGGUCGAAGAUUAGUUAAUAUUUAGUUAAAGGAUUAGUACAAAAUUAUAGCUUUUUUAUACACAAAUAUACUCAUGUUGUAGUUAUAUUUUAAUUAAAACAAAUAUUGAAUGAAGCAGGA